UGGCGGAGAACGUUGUCGAGAAAAAAAAAAGCAGCAGGGAGGCGGCAGCCACCUGCCCCUCCAAAAACCACCUCGCAAACACUGGUGAUUCCUCUCUUUCUUUCUCUGAAAAUCACCCUCCUCCUACAAAAUCGCAUCUCAAGCUUGUAAUAUUCUCUUUUUAUAUCUCUAUAUGAUAUCCACCUUUCUGAUACUUUUUCUUCCUCUGUCUCUUCCUAAAAACUGCCCCUCCAAUACUUUUGAUCCUUUCUCUCUCUCUAAAUCACCCCAAAUAACUUGUUACUCUCCAAAAACCGCCACCAAAAAACUUGUAAUAUUGUUUCUGUAUCGAGCAAUUGCUGAUAUGGGGGACCAGAAACCGCCCAAGAAGCCAUCUUCUGCAUCAAACAGGAGAAAAAAGAGGAUAUUAGGUUCAGGGUUUGAUUGCUUCUCAUCGACUACGAUCGAUACUGACGGAGUAGAAAUCCAACCAAAUGGGUUGCCGGAAUCCGGCAAUCCUAGUAAGAGUCCGGCGCGCCUCAUUGUCAUGGUCAAUGGCAUCAUAGGCAGUGCUGCCAAUUGGAAAUUUGCUGCAAAACAAUUUGUUAGGAGGUUUCUCGACGAUGUCAUUGUGCACUGCAGUGAAUGCAAUUCUUCGACCUUGACUUUUGAUGGAGUUGAUGCGCUGGGAGAGCGUUUAGCAGCAGAGGUGAAGACAGUUAUUAAUCGUUGGCCAGGGCUGCAAAAGAUCUCUUUUGUGGCUCAUUCACUAGGGGGCUUGGUGGCAAGAUUUGCUAUUGGGAGGCUUUAUGAGAAGAAUACAUCUGAAAAUGCAGAUUACAUUGAUGGUGAAAGCAAAGAUCAAAACCGUGAGAAGGUUUCAGAAGUAAAAAUUGCUGGUUUAGAGCCAAUGAAUUUUAUAACCUUUGCAACACCUCACCUUGGUUCAAGGGGACAUAGGCAGCUCCCAUGUCUUUGCGGCUUCUGGAUAUUGGAGAAAGUGGCAUCUCGUACUGCACAUUGGAUAGCUGGGAGAAGUGGCAAACAUCUUUUUCUCAAUGAUCACGAUGAAGGAAGGCCCCCUCUUCUCCUUCGGAUGGUUAAUGUUUGUGAUGGUUUAUAUUUAAUGUCUGCUUUAAAAGUGUUCAACCGUUGCGUUGCCUAUUCAAAUGCAGACUUUGACCACAUGGUGGGGUGGAGAACAUCGUCGAUUCGUUGGCAGCAUGAACUACCAAGGAAACUUCUUUUUAAGAAUGAGAAAUAUCCACACAUUGUGAAUGUUGAAACAGCAAAGACUGAGAAAGGCCAUCAAGCAGUGUUGGAGUCUAAAGACAACAAUGUGGAUUUCGAAGAAGCAAUGAUCACAGCUCUCAGUGAAGUGUCUUGGGAAAGGAUUGAUGUCAGUUUCCGCAAAAGUAGACAAAGGUUUAUCGCACAUAGUACCAGUCAGGUAAAAACAUACUGGAUGAACUCAGAUGGUGCUGAUGUGAUUUGGCACAUGAUAGAUAACUUCCUUGUCUAAAUCACUUUCCUGAAGUAAUUAAAUCACUUUCCUGAAGUAAUUAAAUCACUUUCUCUCAAGUGAUUGAUUUAUUCUUUGCUUCAAAAUCAGCCAUCUGCUCGUCAUUUUUGAGUUUUUUUUGCAUUCGCUUCCAGAGAUUAACCCUCCGUUUAACAUUUAUUGCAAUAUAAUUUGAUUUAAGUUUCUGGAACCUACAUGAUAAUACAUGUAAGACAGGUAAUUUUGUAAUGUAACAUAUGGACAAGCUGUGUAGAAUAUUUUGAGGAAAUUCUUUGGCUGAUUAUACGACAUGAUUAUUUUCUGUA